AUGCCCUCCGCCAACGAUUUUGAUCCCCACUUCGACAACACCGACGAGCAGCCACCAGUCGUUGCGGCCCAGCCAGCCGCCGAAACAGAGGAUCUGUGGGCAGUCAGCAAGUCGCCGCCAAAGACUACGGGCAAGAAGAAGAAGGGAAAGAAGCAUGCCGCUGCCAAGCAAAAGAUCAUCGAGGAUGGGGAGGAUUCGUCGCCAUAUCCCACGUCGAUAACGCCUUCUCCUCCGAAUACAGACCAUGGCAUGAAGUUGCAAGCUACAAGCACGCUGCAUCCAACUCCCAUGCCAGAACAGCCUUCUGCUCUGCCUGUAUUUGAGGACCUACCCCUUGUAGACCUGGAUGACGAUCCGCCCGGAGAACAGGAGGUCGCGAUCAUACCAGAACCCAGAGCACCUUCAACGCCACCACCAUCCGUCUCACCAAUAGUACGAUCGCCGCGGCCGGCUCCAGCUAGGCCCGUACCACCAGAGACACCACCCAGUCGACCAGUGAGUCUACACGGUGCCUCUAAACGCGAUCGCAAGAACAGCCUGGCUGGUUAUCGGUCGCCUGUGAUCUCAACACAGCAAACUCACCCAAGACGUGAGUCUCUCGGUGUCCCACGGUCGCGCUUCGUGGACCCUCCACCGCCUCACCUGCCACAAGCACAUUACUUCGGCCUCCCAGAUCUGGGCAUUAUGAAUUUUGGGCAGAAGCAGGAGGCUGGGAAGGCGGCCGGAUCUGAUCGUCACUGCUGUAAACUUGACACAUUUACAGACGCUGGUGACGAGCUCUCGGCAAGGAAGUCUAGAGAUGCAAUUUUGGUGGGCUGUGAAGGUGGCCUGGACGUCUUCCGAAUAUUGCCAAACAAGCUAGAGAUAGUCGGUCGCUUGGAAGGACUGCGAGGUGCUGUCAUUGGUGCAAAGAUCCUGCCGCAUACGGAUCGAACGGACGGCAUACAAAUUCUGCGGCCUUUGAUCGCCGUCGUGAUCCAUGGACGUAUGCUCGAUGAUCGCCGAGAUCCAAGUCCUGAAGGCGAGGGGGCAGAUGUCCACGAGACCGCUACGCCAACUCACUUUCAGACAUCAGUAGAUGUGUACUCAUUGCAGACACAGGUCUAUGUCGCUACUCUGUACAGCAGUCCCCCUAUGGCAAUUGAGCAGCCAGUUGUCGGACAAGUCUCCUCGCUACCCGAUCCUCACGGCGACCUUGAGAUUGACGCCAAAGGGCACUUCAUUACGGUCAGCUCUGGCAAAAGCGGCGAAGUGUUCAUCUACACUCAAGGCUCGGUCGGUGGCGUCGAUGACACGCGCUUCCGAUGCAUUGGCAAGUUCUGGACUUCAAUCCAGAAGUCGAUGAGCACGCCUCCUGCUCGGCCAGCUAAUGCCGACGCCAACACUUCCGUGGAAGUAAAGGAGGAAGCACGCAAGCCGCUCUAUAGCUUGAGCCGACGGUGGCUAGCAAUUGUACCACAAACCUCCACCUCUAGCAUCUCGAUACAAGGCGUUGCUACGACCUCGAGAGUCAACCGGCAACCGCCAGGUAUUACCACACAUGCUGCACCGCCGCCAUCGUUGGUGAGCUGUGAAGUCGUUGGAACCGAUGUGGAGGGGACAUGGAGCCGUCUCGGUCGCCAGGCAGCUCAGGGACUGGUCAAGUAUUCUCAAAGAGGUUUUGAGAUGGGCCUCCAAGGCUGGAAAGAGCUCACUCAACCAUCACCACCUGGUGGUCGUCAGGCUCACAAUCGCUCUUCGAGCAAGGAUGACCUGUUCCCACCUACCAAGGCACCCAUAGAUGACCCAACGCGGCUGGUCAAAGAGCCUGCACUUGUGUCAAUCAUUGAUCUGGAGAGUCUAUUGAUGUAUGAGGAACACAGGCCCAAGCACAUCUCGCCGCCAAUGGCAACCUUCGCCCUGGUAGAGGGCUGCAAUUAUCUGUCGCUCUCAUCCGUCGGCACUCGUUUACUCACAGCUAGUCGGAAGGGUGAGAUCUCAACUAUCUGGGAUCUGGCGCAGGUUGCCCAUGGUGUUCCAUUGACCGACAACGCUUCAGAUGAUGAGUCCAGCACAAGUCCGUGUGUGAAGCAAGUACUUCGUAUCGCUCGCAACAGUCCAUCAACAAUCCUGGAUUGUGCGUGGUCGAUGGAUGACGACGCCUUGGCUGUGUUUACCGCACACGGAACAGUCCAUCUUCACGAGGUCCCGCGUAGACCGACUCGAAAGCGAAAACGUGCUAGCGCUCCGGUUGUCGAGAAAGCAGACGCCACUGUCAGUGUAUCGGCGGGCAUGUCACCACCAAGUGCCAAUCAAGGCUUUCUUGGGAGCAUCAAGUCGAGCUGGCAGACGGUCAGCACCCAAGUGCACUCUAUCAGGACGAGCAACGCCUCGUCGACACUCGGUCUUCCUACCACGUUUGCUGGUUUCCGAGAGACUGCCGCGGCAGGGGGAAGUGCUGCGUCUCGUGCUGUAGCGAGAGGCCUCAGUCAAGGCUACACUGCCGCUAAGGGUGGCGCAAGUGAUUACUGGCAUGCCGACGACAACAAGAUACGACACGCCAAAGAGCUGCAGGAGCCAUUCUCGGACAAGUCCAUGCGAUGGAUCAGACGAAACAACACGACUUCUGUAGCGGUCGCCUGUGGUGGUAGCGUCCAUAUACACCCUGUACAACGUGUGACGCGACGCAAAGGCGAUGCCAUCGUCAGCGGACUCAAACACGAAAGAUAUGCUCGCAAGGCUUUUCCGCUACCGUAUAUUACAACACGGUCAGAGGCAGGGGGCCUACAGAGCCUCAGAGCGAAUCCCUGCACCGAUCAAGGGCCCCAUGGGUUCUGGAGCCUGCGAUCAUCCAUAUCUCCGCCACACACUGGUCGGAAGUCGAGCUUGCAGACUGGGCAGUUUCCGCGCAGCAAGGCAAACGACGUUGAGACCAACCCACCGUACUGCCCCUACCACAUUGACUCACGAGUAAGCAUAUAUGCUUUCACUGAGCAAGGCAGCCAGUAUGGGCCAUUCGAGACAUUGGAUGGGUUCCAAGCGAGGGGGCACGGGCUGCCCGAUGAAGACUCAUGGACAUUUGGUGGCGCUUUGGCAGCGAGCGCGAAGAUCAACGAGCGCAUGCCUGACGAGAUGCACGACAGCAGUCCGGAGGAUGGUUACGACGAUGAUGACGAAGAUGAAGAUGUGGCUCAGAUCAUGGAGAGCAAGCUCACGAUUCAACCUGCGCACAAGAGUCAAGGAGGUGAGCAGAUACAGAUCAACACUCGACGACGGACCAGAGGUAAAGGAAUGGGGAAGGAGCCUCCUGCCACGAUGGCUGAUGGGGAUUUUGAGCUGCUUGAAGACGACGAUGGUGUCUUUUGA